AUGGCACAUCACAAGCCAUUGCCUUUCGGCCGGAACUGUCAUCUUCCAGUGAUUCGCCAAAACGACCAACACAAGGGAAAGAGGAGAGGUACUCACUAUAUGUUCUCUGGGCCUUUUAGAAAACAUGGAGUUGUUCCUUUGGCAACAUACAUGCGAAUCUACAAGAAAGGUGAUAUUGUGGACAUCAAGGGAAUGGGUGCUGUUCCAAAAAGAACGCCCCACAAAUGUCACCGUGGCAAAACCGGAAGAGUCUACAGUGUUACCCAGCAUGCUGUUGGCAUUGUUGGAAACAGACACGUGAAGGGCAAGAUUCUUGCUAAGAGAACUAAUGUACGUGUUGAGCACAUUAAGCACUCCAAGAGCCGGGAUAGCUUCCUGAAGCGUGUGAAGGAAAACGGUCAGAAAAAGAAGGAAGCCACGGAGAAAGGUACUUGGGUUCAACCGAACUGCCAGCCUGCCCCACCCAGAGAAGCACACUUUGUGAGAACCAAUGGAAAGGAGCCUGAGCUGUUGGACCCCAUUCCCUAUGAAUUCACGGCAUGAUAAAUGUAAAAAAAAUGAAAGACUU